ACGAGGGUGUAUAUUUCUUGGCAUGUGGGAUACACACAGGCCUUGGGUUAUGCUAAGUGCUUUUCUCCCGCUAUACAGCUCAUUUGUUUUAACGUGUGGAGCUGCCUGUGCGGCUGCCGAAGGCGAGAUCUGUGCUCGUUCACCUUCCCUGCGAGAGGAAACGCUUUGAAACACUCAGAGCCCCAGGGCCCGUGGAAAGCGCUGGUGCCCUACUCUUACCACACAAGCGUUCCUCACCCUUUCAUUUCUAAAGAACCCGUUUUUCACGUCAUUAGCCCAAUGCAUGACACAUCGCUAUCAGUUAGAUUUGAGGCCCCGUCCGCCGCGCUGAGAGGGACAAUCCCUGAACUCUGUGACGCACUGACGGCCGGCACAAAAUGGCGGCGCCCGCCCUCAGCGUCCCGCCCCGCGCCAGCUCUCCUGGUCGGGGGAGGGGCGGAGAGGCGGCACCGGGUCCGUCCCAUCCCAUCCCAUCCUGCCUCCUGGUGCCCGCCCUCAGCCGCGGCUCAGCACCGGCCCGACUCCUCCUCCUCUGCCUACCGGCGAGGCAAGCCAACUAAGGAGGUUAUGAACAUCACCCGUGGUUUAAAGCUUCUUAGAGGGAACUGUCUUUUCUUUCAUUUGGCCCAAACAAAAAACUGCUACAGAGCCUGUCUUGGUAAAGGACAGAGAUGUGUCUCAAAUGUCCCAAAUACAGAUGUAUGGAGGAGUGCGCACCACAUUUCCAGGUUUUGCUUCCAGUCUCCUCGGUUGCUGAAGGAGAAGAUCACAUCCCCCCAGAUCAGUUCUGUAGGGCUGAUCCCAAAUCAUUUUUCUGCUGGGAACACUCAGCUCGUCAGGUCUUUUCGCACAUCACCAUCGCUUCGGGCUGCACCAUUUCCUCUUUUCUGGAUUAUCAUUAAACCUGUUCAGAAGUUGUUUGCUAUCCUUGUUGGCAGGAGCAUAAGAAAAUGGUGGAAGGCACUUCCUCCUAAUAAACGGGAGCUCUUUAAAGAAAGUGUGAGGACAAAUAAAUGGAAGAUACUCCUGGGUGUCAGUAGCUUAGGAGUUUUAUUUGUCGUGUUUUAUUUUACUCACUUGGAAGAGACACCCAUCACUGGACGUGCCAGACUGUUGGUGUUCGGAAAGGAGCAUUUGAGACAACUGUCACAGGCGGAAUAUUCUAUGUGGAUGGAGAAAUAUGAAAGCAAAAUGUUGCCUGAGACAGAUGCACGCUAUCAGGUUGUGAAGAGAGUUGUUGGACAUUUAUCUGAGAGCAAUAAGGACAUCCCACAGGUCUCAGCACUCACCUGGGCUAUCCAUGUGGUAGAUGAACCAGAAGUAAACGCUUUUGUGCUUCCAAAUGGUGAAGUGUUUGUUUUCACUGGAUUGUUAAAUGCAGUUUCUGAUAUUCAUCAGCUGUCUUUCAUCCUGGGACAUGAAAUAGCUCAUGCUGUGCUGGAACAUGCAAUAGAGAAAGCCAGUCUGGUUCACUUCUUGGAUUUCCUAUCACUCAUCUUUCUCACUAUGAUUUGGGCCAUCUGUCCUCACGAUAUAUUGGCGGUUGUUGGCCAGAGGAUCCAGAGCAAGCUGCAGGAGUUUAUUUUUGAUAGACCAUACAGCAGAACAUUGGAGGCUGAAGCUGAUAAAGUGGGACUUCAGUUUGCAGCAAAGGCAUGUGUUGAUGUAAGAGCAAGCAGUGUAUUUUGGCAACUAAUGGAAUUAGUAGAAACCAUUAAAGGGGAGCCCAAGUUGCCAGAAUGGCUCUCCACGCACCCUUCUCAUGAGAAUAGAGCUGAGCAUUUGGACCGGCUUAUUCCAGAGGCUCUUAAAAUAAGAGAGCGCUGCAAUUGCCCAUCUCUUUCUGGACCUGAUCCUCGCCUCGUUUUCAGACUUAACAGGCAGCAUCUCCUGGAGUCAUAUAAAGCUCAAGAAACACAAAAUUCUACAAAUCAAGAUCUCUCAAAAACAAAACUGGAUUUUCCUCACACUUAAAAAAACAAAACAAAAAACAGACGACAUGCCAGUAACUUUUGCGGUUAAACCUACAAACUAAUUAUGGUCAUUUUUCCAUUUUACGAAACUUGUGGUCCCUGAAGUUCUAUCUUUUAGGGCACGUUUGUCUUUGAACCGUAAAGAUGAUCUAGCUGCUCAUAUUCUAUGUUUCUUUUAUGUGAUCUCUCAGUCAGAGCAAUAAAGGAGCUUUCCCCACACAAGAA